UCUGCUCGCUUUGCACUCCUGUGGUGGAGGUUGAUGGCGCCGUUCCGAAUCAGGUUUGAUUAAAUCUGCCCUUGUUAAACGGGGCAAUGGUGCAAUAGAGCACAUCACAUUAAAACAAGGAAGGAAUCGCAUACAGCCCGAAGUAUGAACAUAUUUUAAACCUGAGCAAACAGGAGGCGCGUCGGGACUGACUGCAGCAUCCACCUGCAUCCCGCGGGCGCAUCUCUCUCUCUCUCUCUCUCUCUCUCUCUCUCUCUCUCUCUCUCUCUCUCUCUCUCUCUCUCCCUCUCUCUCUCUCUCUCUCUCUCUCUCUCUCUCUCUCUCUCUCUCUCUCUCUCUCUCUCUCUCGGAGUAAGCAAAAGUGUCGGGACUGAGCUCCUAAAGAUUGAAAGCGAUGGCUGCCGGCGCAGGAUGCGGGGAGUCGGUGGAUCAGUACCGGGCCGAGGUGGAGAGGCUGACCCGGGAGCUUGCCGAAGCCAACCGGGAGAAGAUCCGGGCUGCGGAAUGCGGUCUGGUGGUGCUGGAGGAGAACCAGACACUCAAACAGCAAUACGCGGAGCUCGAGUCCGAGCAGGAGGCUUUGAAACAGGAGCUAGAGCAACUGCAAGAGGCGUUCGGUCAGGCAUACACCAACCAGCGUAAGACAGCCGAGGAUGGCGAGACGCACGAGGAGACGUUGUUGCAGGAGUCUGCUUCCAAAGAGGCCUAUUACGUGGGACGUCUGAUGGAACUGCAGAGCCAGCUCAACGUGAGCAGCUCCGUGGCCUCCAACGCCCAAGCCGAAACUGAACGUCUAAACACCGUGGUGCCGGAACUCAGAGAUAACAAUGAGAUGUUGGAGCUUCAGAGGAACAGGAUGAGAGAAGAAAUCAGAGAGUAUAAGUUCAGAGAGACCAGACUCCUGCAGGACUACACUGAACUGGAGGAGGAGAACAUCACUCUACAGAAACUAGUGUCAACACUCAAACAAAAUCAGGUAGAAUAUGAGGGUUUAAAUCACGAGAUCAAAGUUCUGGAGGAGGAGACGUCGCUCCUCAACAGCCAGCUGGAGGACGCCUUGCGUUUGAAAGACAUUUCUGAGAGCCAGUUAGACGAGGCCUUGGAUGCUCUAAAGAACGAGAGAGAACAGAAGAACAACCUGAGGAAGGAACUAGCCCAUCAUCUCAGCCUGACAGACAGCGUGUAUGGACCCAACAACCAACUGACCAUCUCUGCUGUGGAUGGGCUGAAGUUCUCAGAGGAGGCUGCGACCAAUGGCAUCUCUGCCUCCGAGACUAGUCCCAACAAUGAGGAUAGUAACCGAUGUAAUGAGUGCAAUGGUCACGCACUAAAGCUGAAUGGAGAAUUCCACCGAGCUGGAGGCAGGAAGGGAGAGAUGCUGCACCCCGUGUCUGAUCUCUUCAGCGAACUGAACCUGUCUGAGAUACAGAAACUCAAACAACAGCUCCUACAGGUGGAGAGAGAAAAGGCAUCUCUGCUUACCAACCUGCAGGAGUCUCAAACGCAACUGCAGCACACGCAGGGCGCUUUAACGGAGCAGCACAUGCGUGUUCACCGCCUCACGGAGCGUGUCAACAUCAUGAAGCGUCUCCACAGCGACAAGGAGUUUGACACGGAGGAAACCGAAAAAGGUGACGGGCCCUUCAACGGUUGCUGCGAGACGGACAUCAACGGUAUAGAGCUCUUAGAGUGCAAAUAUCGAGUUGCCGUGACGGAGGUCAUCGACUUGAAGGCGGAGCUUAAGGCUUUAAAGGAAAAGUAUAACCAGUCUGUGGAGAGCCAAUCAGAAGAGUGCAACCGCAGCGAUGGGAAGGUCCAGGCCCUGGAAGCUCAGGUGAAGCGUUUGGAGAAAUCUUGCCGUGAGGGCCGAGAGCGGAUAAGCAACCUAGAGGCGGAGCUUCGGAGCGCUUCGGGAAUGGCAAGCGAGAGUAACGGCAUGUUGAACGCAGCUCAGGAUGAGCUGGUUACGUUCAGUGAAGAACUUGCUCAGCUGUACCACCACGUCUGCUUGUGCAACAACGAGACGCCAAACCGCGUCAUGCUAGACUACUACCGUCAGAGCAGGGUCACACGUAGCGGAAGUCUCAAAGGCACGGAUGACCUGAGAGCCCUGCUUUCUCCACGAUUAGCUCGUCGUCUGGCUAAGGUCACUUCAGACAUGUCCAAGAGCCCUCAAGAGUCCCCGUCGAAGGAACCAUUGGGAGAUGGAUCUAAAGGGGAGGCAGCAAGUCAGAGUCCCAACAAAACCCCAUUUGGUUCCCCAGUCAACGGUUUGCUCUCAGCAUCCCUAACGCCAGAGACCGGAGAUCUCCGCAAGGAGCCCAUGAAUAUCUACAACCUUAACGCCAUCAUCCGUGACCAGAUCAAACAUCUGCAGAAGGCCGUAGACCGCUCGCUCCAGCUAUCCAGGCAGAGAGCUGCAGCGCAAGAGUUGGCGCCCAUCUUGGACAAAGACAAGGAGGCCUGCAUGGAGGAAAUCUUAAAGUUCAAAUCUCUCUUGAGCACCAAAAGAGAGCAGAUUGCCACUUUGCGUCUUCUCCUUAAAGCCAAUAAACAGACUGCAGAAGUGGCUUUGUCUCACCUGAAGAGUAAAUAUGAGAAUGAGAAGACCAUGGUGGUUGAGACAAUGAUGAAGCUUAGAAAUGAACUGAAGGCUCUCAAGGAAGACGCGGCCACCUUUUCCUCACUGAGAGCGAUGUUUGCCACAAGAUGUGAUGAGUACGUUACUCAACUCGACGAAAUGCAGAGGCAGCUGGCUGCCGCCGAAGAUGAAAAGAAGACUCUGAACUCGCUUCUCCGUAUGGCCAUUCAGCAGAAACUAGCUCUGACCCAGCGGCUCGAAGAACUGGAAUUCGACCACGAGCAGUCCCGCUGCGGCCGCGGAGGGAAGAUGCCACGAAUCAGGAGAAGCCCUCAAAAAGUAAGUCAACGAAACGCAUUCACCGCUCCACCCAGCCCCACCGCACCGGUUUCUAGUCCCCUUGCAUCAGCCGGUAGCUCACCUUUGCUGGACAAACCUGCUCCAUCUACCUGGAGCUCCUCAGCCCAGCCGUUUUUCUUUGUCGUUCAUAGCAGAGACUCUGGACACAGCCCACAGUGUUCGUCUGAUGUUCACGUCCCUAGAUCGGCUCCUACGUCACCUUAUCAUUCCCCUGUCCUGAGCACACGCCAGCUGUCGCCGCACUCAUUGAGAUCUCGCGUGCGCUCCACCGUGACUCAGUUCACAUCUUCAGGGACCUCGAGAAACCUUGCAGUCACUCCUGUGGCUCCCGGAAACCCUCAGUAGGUGACAGGGCUGAGGACAGACUGGUUUCCAUAUAUUGUGUUGAUGGCUGUGUAGUGUGUAUGUUUCAACUCAGGGAUUAAUUUAGGUUCUUUUAAUGUCAACUAGACUGGAUUCUAUGUUUUGUUAAAUCUGGGUUUAUUUGGGUCCCGUGUAGCAAUUAAAAUAAUAAAUUCUGUCCGUAAAAAUAAGUUUAAAUCAAAGAUUUGGAAUUACCUUUGAUGCCUUUUUUGUGGCCUGACUAAGAAAUCAGGUUUUCGCAUGCAUACUUGUUGGAAUCUAAGUAAGGAAGUGUGUUUGGACCAUGUUAAAAUAAUUAUUCAGAAAUGCAAGACAGGUAUUCAGUGGGGUAUGUCUUUAUUUAAAUCUUUCUUAUCAGAAUAUAAUUUCUGCUUGCACGCUUUCGUUUCAUGGCUUGGUGAAAUCGGUGCUGCAUUCUGCAUGUCAAUCUGUUAUUUACAGCCAUUGAAAAAUUUAAGAUACCAGUCCAGUGUCUGUUGAAUUUCAACAAAAUCAUAGAGUCAUACAACAGCAAUGUGAAAGACUGACAGCAUGACAAGACGCUUGAAAACUGUGAUAAAAAUCCAGGUUAUAACAUAAAACAUAAUUUUAAACUUUUCCUAAAAACAUGUACUUUACUGUUGUAUUGCUUAGAAGUGAAUUUGAAUUUGUUUUCUUCGCAGUAUUUGAGGUUUGAAAAAAUACAGUGCAUCUUAUUUAUUUUGACCUGUUUCGCCAGUUUUUAUUUUCUGCAAAUAAAUGCAAAUAGAAACAAUAUUUUUACUUAAAGUUUAGAAAUAUUGUUAGUAGUUCACAGAAUGAAACAAAAGUGAUCAUUUUACCUAAACACAAACCAAGAAUAGGCCUUUUUCACGCUUCUGGGUUUUUGACUUCCGCAUCGUUCGACGCAGGGUAAACGAUGUUCCGGUUACAGCAGUAUCCAAUACUAACAAGAGUGUCUGGAUUAAAUGUCUUCGUGUAAAUAUUGUAAAUGAGCUUAAUACCUUAUUACCGCCUGUUUAAAGUUAAGAUCUUCAUUUAAAAACACCUCGCAGCUAAGAGGGGGCUCUAGUACUGCUGUUUUGGUCUUAAUCUAAGGUUUGUACCGUUUACGGGACAGCAACCUGAGGCAGGUGCUGAUUUUAACUACUGAACUGCAUAUAAUAAAUCCAGUGAUGAUGUUCUCUGUCUCAUUUUAUUCUUUAUGUCUGUAUGGUUUGGUCCUGCAUUAUAUCGAUAAAAUAAAUGUUACAGUAAAGGCAGCGCGUUGUGCUGGAAAGACACCACCCAAUCCCCUUCCGUCAGACUCGCAUCACACUUUCUGUUUCAGAACAUUUCAAAAAAUGUCUUCUGUUGUCUGUUCUCAGCAGUGCUUCUGACAUUAUAAAAAUAUUUUAAUAAUGUAAAUAUAUAAUAUCAGACGUUUUACAUUUAGUCAUUUAGUCAUGAGGUAAACAAUGAAAGCAAUUGGAACAACAUAAGGACAACAAAAAGCAUAAGUGCACUGGUCUCAUAUAGCCUACCACAGUAUACAAAGCUAAGGGUUUUUUUUUAUAGAAAGAGUAGAAAAGAGAUAGAAGUCAGAACUGAUCGGUCAGUUUAAAAACGGACGUACGCCUUAAAGUUUUCCGCUAUAUUUAUUUGAUUUACUUUUGAAAUUUGACCGUUGCUCAGCUCCCGUGACAUCAUGGGAUAAAUAAGUGUCCAUCCGAUCCACACUCACGAAUCUCGGCGGAAGUAGUAGACCAUCCGGGUAUUUCUCGCCUACUGUUUUUGCAUACUGAGGUUUCGGACAUACUAUUCAUGACUCAUACUCAUUUUCGCUUACUAUAUGGAAGUAGGCGGUUUUGGACGCAGCCAUGGUCUCUUAUUUAUUUUUCUGCGGCUGUAUUUCUUUGUCAGACAUCAAAUCUGAUGUAUCUACAACUCCAUCCAGCGGCAACCAUACUGUAUAGCAGCUAGCAGUAGGCCCUAAAACAAACCUUCAUGUGUUCAUUUCAAAAAGUGUUUACAAUAUUAAAUCGUGAUAAGAAUCUAUAAUCGAAACCACAUUAAACUAUCCAUAGCGAAUUGUUUUGCCAUGCUCAGAUGAGCUCAAUGUGCAGCCGGAGAGAGCGUUUCUAUUCAUGGAUAUGGCAUAUGGCACUGCAGGAUCUGCCAUAUGCAAAUAUAGGGACCUGCUAUUGCACAUGCCGCCCGCUGCCCGGCUAUAACAUACCAAUGAGUUCUGAGCCACAGUGGUCACUUCAAAUGUGUCAUUUAUUAUGUCUGGCAAAGAGCCGUGGGCCAAAAGGCAUUUGACAGGAUUAGCGGUCAAGAAGAACAAAUGUGUUAGCGUGGCUCGUGCGAGACUGACUAAUGCUCCGUUUAUGUGGAUGUAAUGGUUGUUGGUAUAGAUCAGAUUUAAAAUAAAAGUUCUGUCAUCAUUGAUUCACCUUCAUGUCGUUUAAAAUAUGACUCUUCUGUGGAGCACAAAGGAAAAAUAUUUUGAGAAAAGUUUCAGAGGUUUUGUGUCCAUACAGUGGAAGUCAAUAGGGAUCCAUGUUGUUUGGUUACCAACAUUCUUCAAAAUAUUUUUUGGGUUAAGAAAGAGAGUGAGUAAAGGAAAGAAUUUUCAUUUUGGGGUGAACCAUGCCUUUAAAGAUGCACAACUCAGUAGAUGGUGUUUGUGUAACCAGGAUGGAAACCAGUCUGAUCCUCUUAACCUUCGAGUUAUCAAGACCCCUGUACAAAAAGGAUGCAAAACACUCGUUCACCUCAUAUUUUAAUCGUCGUAAUUUAAGGAAUGUUUAACAUAGAAUUAACAUUGUGAGUAGCAUAAUUAGACAUUUUUUUAAUAGUUGACAGCGAUGAAAUGAAAUGUAGCGAUGUAAAUGUGCCUGUACUGUAAAUAAGCAAUGUGUGAUUCCACUCUCUGGCAACAGGUGUCAGUGUGUCAUCUUGUCUAUAUUUCUCAUCACUGAACCUGUCAAAUGCUCUUUCGCUCAUCGCCGUUCACAUAACAGUCAUAUAAAAUCACACUCCUCCUUAACCCAACAUAAUAUUCCAGUUUAAAAAAAUGUAAAUCAACAUGUAUUUAUUUAUUCUGAGGCUUUAAGUAUAAUUGACAGCUAAAUGAAGAAUGUCACUGCACAUGCACAGCUUUUUAAACGAACAAUACUGGGUUUUUAGGAGGAUCUAUUGACAGAAAUGCAAUAUAAUAUACAAAACUAUUUCUUCAGAGGUGUAUAAAGACCUUUCAUAAUGAACCGUUGUGUUUCUAAUACCUUAGAAUAAGCUGUUUAUAUCUACAUGGUGUUUCGAGUCAGAUCCGUGGGCGUGGCUUGUUGGUUUUUACUAAAUCUUUGGUGUUUCAAGUCUUACGAAACCUUUACCCUAACCUUACUCUAACCAUCUAAACUACCUAUGAUUGUUAAAAUUGACGAAAAAACACGUUUGGGUGAUGACGUCAGACUCAAAACAAGGAUUCAGUGAGAGCCCCCUGAAGGCUUACAUUGAAUUCGCCGCCAUGUGUUGUACAGCAGCCCUAAACGGACAAACAACUCUACAACGCGCGUUCCCUCUCCCCUGCGGUAGUUGUGAAACGGGCCGUACGGAUCGUACUCUACGGUUCGGAACGCAUGUGACCCGCGGAUUAAAUAUAAGUUUAUUCAUCAUUGAGUAAGAGAGUAAAACGCGCUCUCUCUACCGUUUUCGCCAACGCACUGUCGCUCUCUCUCCAGUAUCUGGACGAGUACAAUAUUAAAGCGGUUCCAGAUAAACAAUGAUGCUCAAAACUACUCCGUCACACAGCUAAUAUUAGAACAAAAACAACAACAUAUCUUGGUUCUAACAAACAGAAAAACCAACAUUACUCACAUACUUAUCCGAAUCAAAGCAACCUCCUCGGGAGUGAUUUUAAUAAGACGAUCUUUCUCUCCAACGACUCUGCUGGAAAGUAUCUCCAUAGAUAUCUAUUAAAAGCCGCGGGUCUUAACGCGUCUCUGCUGGAAAGUCUUUAUAAUAUUAACACAGGUCCUAGCUCCUGCCUGACUUUUAUCCUUCUUUUUAUACUUAAAAUCCACAGACCUUUUAUUUUAUGUAAUAAAUAAGACAUCGCUCUUUCUACAGUCUUUCCAAUGCCCACAUGAUCUCUUCCCUGCGUCAACAUGAGAACGACAUCUUUUUGUACUAUGGUGGCCACCGUCGUGUUUGGACUGAGCGAUUCGUUGCAAAUUUAUAAUAACGCUAGUGGCCGCUGUAAAUCAAAAACUGCGCCUUUAAAGCAUCGCAAGCAAAUUGAGACUUAUCAUAAUCUUCAGGAAAGCUCUUGAUGUGUAUGUUUGCUCUUACGUGAAAGCAUCAACUAUUAUAUUUUAAAGCUGCAGUGUGUCAUUAACCAAAAGCAGCACCAACUGUUAUAUGGGACGCUCUAGUAGGUGGUGUAGCUUCACCAUUCUGCAGGCAAAAUGCCCUGUUUUCCAUUGAUAGACAUUGAAACAAUAGUUGAUUAUGACAAAAUAUGUUUUUUUUUAAAGUAACAAUAUAGUGCAGAUAUUUUAUUGUAUAAUAGUAAGUUUUACCAGUUCCUGAUUUCAAGAUAAAUUAACUAGAUUUUCUCUUUCACAGCUCAGUCGCUAGUGAGAGGCUUGGGAUUGAGUGUUCUAAUACUGCCACCAGCCAAUCAGACCUGUCAGUAAAAAUUGCAUUUACUGCAUAUGUGAUUGUCCAAAAAAAAACACAUUAUUGUACAACAACUUAAAGGGACAGUUCACCCCCAAAAAAUCUGUCAUCGUUUACUCACCCUCGAGUGAUGAACACAGGGAAAGAUAUUUGGAAGAAUGCUUGUAACCAAACAGUUCUUGGACUCUAUUGACUACCAAAUAUCUUCUUUUGUGUUCAACAGAACAAAGAAAUUUAUAUAGCAAUUUUCUCUACUAUGGUAGUCAAUGGUGGCCAAGAACUGUUUGGUUACAAGCAUUCUUCCAAAUAUCUUUCUCUGUGUUUACCAGAACAAAGAAAUCUAUACAGAUUUGUAACAACUCGAGGGUGAGUAAAUAAAGACAGAAUAUUUAUUUUUGGAUGAACUGUUCCUUUAAGCAUCCAUGAGAUGGCAGGUCUUGUACAUCCAGAAGGACAUGCUAGCAGAUGGCUGACUCUAUGGGUAGGCAAGGAACAUCUGUCAGAUAUGCAGCAUUAUUUUUGCAAUUAUGUUUGGUGCUGCUAGUGGCACGGAAAUGACAUAUUGCAGAUUUCUUCAUCAUGUCUUGUCACAUGUCGAUGUAUGCUGUAUGUGUUAAUACGGCAGCAGCACUAGUGCAUCAUUUGUGCCUGAUACAAUGAACCAUAUUCUGGGUUUACCCUUCAAACUUGUUUUUCUUUAAUCUAGCAUUUCAUGUAAAUGUAUGCAAAGAUAAUUGACUGGAUGUGUAUUGCUGGCUCAUAAUUUGAUGACUCUGACAAUGGCCCUAAAACUAUCAAACACGCUAAACUCAUUUAAAGGGAUAGUUCAUGCAAAAAAUGUGAAUUCUGCAUGAUUUACUCAGCCUAAAGUUGUUCCAAAUCUGUAUAAAUUUCUUUGUUCUGUUGAACACAUGGAAACAGUUCUGGGGCACCUUUGACUACCAUUUAAAUUUUUUCUACUAUGGUAGUCAAUGAUGCCCCAGAAAUCUCAGUUGCUAACAUUCUUCCAAAUACAUUUCUUUGUGUUAGACCAACCAAAGAGAGAGUGAGUAAAUCGUGAAAGAAUUUCUAUUUUUAGGUAAACUAUCUCUUUAAAAUGUACUGUAUGUAUAUCAUUGCAUUAGAUUUGUCAAGGGACAAGUGCAAAGAAAAGAAAACAUUUUCUCAUUUAAUUUUUCUGUGGCAUUUUAUAAAUGACUUUCAGCUUACUAUCAAGGUCAAACUCUGUAAUUUUUUUAAUUAAUUGCAAUUGGUUUGGAAAAGUUAUAAUUACUGUAUGUUUUAGGGCCACUGUAUAUAAAUUCACCCUCGAAAGAUCUAUAAGUUGACUUUGUUUCUUCCUGCAUGAAAUGAACACCCUGUCACAUCCCAGAUUCAUUUCAUUUCCCCCACUUUCAGUCUGUCUCACUUUCACAUCUCACAUCCGAUCUUUGUGCCCAUCUGUGUGUCCAUGACUGUCACAAAUCUGUAUAUCUAAUU